UUCCUUCAUUCACAAGCCUCCUCUUUCUCUGGUCGCUCCUACUCCUCUUUCUCCACCCGGUCAGCAGUAUGGAUCAAAACAAGACAUCAGACAUCAAAGGCAAAGUAUGUGUCACAGGUGCUGCUGGCUUCGUUGGAUCUUGGAUAGUUAAGAGGCUACUGGAGUUAGGAUACCAUGUCGCUGGAAUCAAACCCAAGACCGUGGGAGCUAUAUAUUGGAACCUUCCAACUAUCCGAUCACCCAUAAUGGGAGAUUAUAAGAAAAUUGGACAUCUCUGGGAGCUAGAAGGAGCGAAGGAGAGACUUCAUCUGUCGAAGGCUGAUCUCAAUGAAGAGGGCAGCUUCGAUGAUGCCAUUAUGGGAUGUGAGGGCGUCUUCCAUCUUGCUUCUGUAGUUUUGAUUCCUAAAUCUGACCCAAAGGCUGAAGUCCUAGAUCCUGCAGUUAGAGGCACCCUGAAUGUUUUACAAUCAUGUAAGAAAAAUCCAUUUCUGAAGAAGGUUGUUCUCACAUCAUCAAUUUCAGCAGUAGCAAGACCUUCUGUUUACCCCAAAGAACCACUAGACGAAACCUCAUGGAGCUGUGCUGAACUGUGUGAGAAGCUCAAGGCAUGGUAUCCACUUUCAAAGGUUCUAGCAGAGCAGGCUGCAUGGAAAUUCGCAAAGGAAAACAACAUUAACCUUGUAACUGUGAUUCCGUCGUUCAUCAUUGGUUCAAGUCUACCCUACAACUUACAUACAACUGCGUCAAAUGUUCUUUCUCUGCUUAAAGGAGAAAAUGAGACAUUUGCAUGGCAUGGAAGAAUGGGUUAUGUUCACAUUGAUGAUGUUGCUAGUUGCCAUAUCAAAGUAUAUGAAGAUGAUACGGCUGAAGGAAGGUACCUCUGUACGAGUACUGUACUCGAAGGCCCUGAAUUAGCUGCUUUUCUUGCUAAACGUUACCCAUGGCUCCCCAUUUCACUGAGCUUCAACGACUAUGUGCAGAAGCAUCCCUUUGAGUACAACACGUCCAAGGUUCAGAAACUUGGAAUUAAGUUCAAGGGGAUUGAGGAAAUGUUUGAUGACUGUAUCCAGUCACUAAAGGAGCAAGGUCACCUUCCUUGAGAAUUGACGAAGUCAGAAGCUAUAUUAUUCCUAGAAUUUUGAUUUGUAAUAAGAAACUCGAGGAAACAUCAACCAGUUUGAAUUGCGUGUUUGUUGGAGUAAGCAUGUCUUUGUGUAAUAAUGGGUACCUCAAAACGCCCAAAGAACAUAUUUUGUUGUGAUACUGUUUAUCUCAAAAUCCCAACAGAAUGUUGCAUUCCUCUUUUCUUUUUCUUUUUUUUUCAUCUUUUUGUUCUUUUCCACUUUUGUUAUUACAGUUAUAAUAAUAAGCUUCUAAGUCCCUCAU